AUGUCUGAGGACAGUCAGCCAAAGGAUACACACUUGCACUCAGCUGCAAGUAGUGGAGACAUAGAGGGUGUCAAACUGGACAGACAUGCACCUCUUCAUCUUGCUUGUGCCAAUGGGCACCUUCAUAUUGUUGAUGUCCUGGUUAAUGAGUAUGGUGCAGAUAUUGAGAUCCUCGAUGCCAAUGGUUGCAAUUCACUUGAAGUUUCUGCUAGAAGCAGUAACAUUCAGAUAUUGUUCUUUCUUGUGCUUACUGCCAUAUAUGGACAGAGACAUAGCAAGAAAUUAAGAGGAUCAUCUUCGCAUGUAGUGUGCACACUAAAACAAGACACAGCAAUAAUAGAACAGAUUCUAUUAAAAUACUAUCAUGAUACUCAAGCUAAGGAGCAAACUGGAACAGUGUUACUCACAGCGUUUAGUGAUGUGCUUACGAAUGCUGAAAAUAAUUAUAGCAAUUUCUAUCCGCCUUUCUUAGCAGCUACACUUGGUCUUACAAAUGUUAUAGACAUCUUUGUUCAUGAAUAUGGCUGUGACAUUAAUAUCAAGGGAUUUAUAGGUUUAACCAUUCUCCAUGGGGCUUGCUUUGGAGGACAUGUUCAAAUAGUGCAAAAGCUUAUUGGUGAGCAUGGCAUUGAUCCGCAUACAACUACUAACAACAACGAUCAGUCAAUUCUCCAUUAUGCGGCUUUGGGAGGUAGUGUUGAUAUAGUUUCUUCACUGAUUGCAAAUUAUGGGCUAAACCCUUGUGUUCUUAACAAAUUCUAUGACUCGCCCCUUAGUGUAGCUGCUUUAAAUGGUCAUACGGAACUUGUACGAGCACUGAUUGAAAAGUAUAAUUGUGAUCCUUUUGCAACCAGUCAUCACGGAUCUACUCUUCUUCACCAUGCAUGUGCCUCUGGAGAAAUACCACUUGUUAAUGAGCUUGUAAGAAAGUAUCAACUAGACAUAGCAACCAAAGAUGAGGCAGGCUUUAUGCCACUACAUACAGCUGCUUGUCAAGGACAAACAAAAGUAGUGGUACAUCUUAUUAGCAUACUGCAAGCAAAUGUUAAUGCUGUUACUGAUAGAAAUGAGAGUGCAUUGAGUCUUGCUACUCUACAUGGCCACAAAGAUUUAGUUCAUAAACUUAUAAGUGACUAUAACUGCAACCCUCAUGUUGAAGGCAGAAGUCUUCUUCACUAUGCCACUCAAGGUGGCCACAUUGAACUAAUCGACACACUGAUAACUGGCUACAACCUUAACUUGAGGGUUAGAGAUGAUAACGGCCAUACACUUCUACAUGUUGCUGCAAUUUAUGGCCAGUUUGGAGCAUUGCAGCACUUAGCUCAAACAGAAACAAUAGAUAUUGAUUGUCUCAGUAACGAUGGCUCUACACCACUUCAUCUAGCAGCAUUGGAAGGACAGAACCAUAUCCUGCGUGUUCUAAUAGAAGAGUUUAACAGUAAUCCCUUGGCUAAAGGGUACGUGGGCCUAACAAUUCUUCAUUAUGCCUGUCAAAAUGGUGAUAAUGAGUUAGUGGACGAAAUAAUAGCUAAGUAUGGACUCGAUCCAAUGACAGAAACUGAUUAUCAAAAUACUCCUCUGCACAUUGCUGCUAGGCACGGACAAGUUGCAACAGUGAAAUAUUUAAUCACAAAGUACCAUGUUGAAGUUGAUUGCCUCAACAGUCAGUAG